AUGCAUGCCUCCACCAGCCGCUUGAGUCUCGACGAUAUGGAGCGGUCCGUAUCAAAGAUAGAUUUACCCUACGAAGCAAAUCCGCUGACGGUAGUGAGCACGACCGAUGCCCACGCUGUAGCCCAUGCUAUUGACACCGCAACCUGGUCGGUGCUCUUGCAAGUCCCAUUUGCAGCGUGGGUACUAAAAGCGGUUGGGCGUGACACAGACCUGAUGGAUAGUUUCUUUUGGUACCACCGUGCGCUCGGUAUUCGACUCCAUAGUCUUCUUCGGAUGCAUUCUGAGCUACCGCGGUUCAAGAAUGAACUUUGGGAGACUGUUCCCGGAGUAAACCCUCUUGCCCGCGCAGUGAUAUCUAGCUGCGUUCAGAACACCCGGUCGUGGAAAUGCGUGGCCCAUGAUCUUGAAAUCGGCUUCAUCACUGAACCCCUUACUGAUGUCUUCGGCCAUCAACCCCGUUACUUGGACGCGGACGAAUUUUACCUUCUGAAUGCCCGCUUUCAGCGUAUCUAUGGCGAAACCGUUCGGACGGCUAGGUUUCGGGCCGACUUGAUACUUUUCCGGGGAAUUAGAGACAUGCCGCCAGCCUCUUUAGCCGGCUCCAUCACAACCGAAGACUUGAGAUGCUUCCAGAACGCCUACGCCCUCGUACUUUCGGAGCGAAACGAGGGGUGGCGUCACUUGGGUCGCUCUUGGCAACAACGAAGUGAAGAUUCAAUCGAAUGCCUUCGAACCGGACUUCAAAUACAGUGGACCCUUGGUCGAACUUGCCAUGGUAAACUGAUCACUGCAGCCUCUUUGCCCCGGAGUACUUCUGACAUCAUAUCAAAAGUGCUUGUACAAGCAAAGAAACCUUUACGGAGUGACCGCGAUUGUAAUGGGUCUGAAGAGUUAUCUGAAGAGUGUUUCAUAUGA